AUGAAGUUUCUCAAUCUUCUCACACUUGUACCCCUAAUUCAGGCGAUUCCAAUCGAGCCACUGGCAGCUCAGAAUUCUACCCAUGAUAUAGCCACAACUCCGCGCCUGGCCGUUUACGUACAAACCUACCAUGAUGAACACAAUAAAGAUAUGAAUCUAUCUAUCCUACCUCUACUGGAUGCAAAUAUCCAACCAACUCAUGUCAUCCUCGCCGCCUUACAUGUUAUGGCCACACCCGGGCUUAUUCAUCUAAAUGACGAUCCUCCUAAUGCUCAAAUGUAUGAUGAGUUGUGGUCUCAGGUGCAGGCUCUUCAGACUGCAGGAAUAAAAGUAUCGUGUAUGAUGGGUGGUGCUGCCCCAGGCACUUGGGAUUCCUUCGUUGGUUCUGAUACCGAGUUUCAUCAAUACUACGACCCACUUCUAAACAACUUCAUCAAGAAAUACAAUCUUGAUGGUAUAGACAUUGACGUUGAACAAUUCGUGGACCUCACGGUUGCUCUUCGUUUUAUCAAACAGCUCUAUAAUGAUAUGGGUCCCGAUUUCGUCAUUACAAUGGCACCAGUAGCUUCAGCUCUAUCGUUUGGCGGCAGUCUUUCUGGCUUCUCGUACGCAGAUCUCGACGCUCAAGCACGAGACUCAAUCACUGGCGCACCAAUGAUAACGUUUUUUAAUGCCCAAUUCACCAAUGGGUGGGGAUAUGCAGGAAACACCAACGAUUAUGAUGCUAUCAUCAAUGCAGGCUGGGAUCCCUCGAGAGUGGUCAUGUUAGUGUCGGCUGCGACGAACGAUGCGAGUGGAUGGGUCCCGAUUAGUACGCUUCAAAAAACGAUCAGGAGUUUGAGAAAUAAAUAUCCGAAUUUUGGGGGUGUUAAUGGCAUCGCCAUCACCAUCACCAUCGACAAAAUGUUCAGUAAACUCAGCACCAAGCUCGCACUUCGAAAAGCAGGCCUCCCAACCAACACUCUCUCCACCUUCUCAAUCAAAAACCUCGAUAAUGGCGAUCAGAAAUCCAUGAAUUCCAAAUCCGGUAAAAAUGGUGAGCCGCCAGUUACAUGGGCCGAAUCAUUUUCCAACAUGACCUCUGAAGUCAAUGUUCCGAAGAGUUGGAAAUCAUGGGGGAAUCCGGCGCCGGCGAUAAUUGAAGUGGCGGCUGCGCCGGUUGUGGGCACCAAGGCACCUAACCAUGAGACCGGAUCAAGGCUAAUUGAUACCUUCUUACCUUAUCCAGUUGCGGAAAAAAUCUUUAUCGAACUUCGUCGGUUGGCCAAUAAACAUCAAAACCUACAUUUCAUCGCCAUAUCCCACGGCUCCAAAGUAGCAACCGAUAAAUGGGUGCAACAAAUUGGGGGAGCAUGGUCUGUAGAAGUAGUUGUCGACGAUGAUCGGGAAAUCUACGCCAAUUGGGGAUUGGGAGUUAGCACGACUUGGCACUUGUUAAAUCCAUGGACGGAAAUCGCACGACAGAAACUGGGGAAACAAGAGGGGAUUUGGGGGAGAGAAGUCGAUCCGAGUGGGAAUCGAUGGGUGGUGGGUGGAAGUUGGGCUACGGAUGAGAUGGGGACGAUUAGAUGGGGUGGUGCUAGUAAGAGUGCAGAUGAGAUGGCGGAUUUGGUGGAGGCUUGUAAGAGUGUGGGUGUUUUGUGA